AAGCAUGCAGUAUCUAGCUGACAGGCGGUCUAGCUUCAUGCUGAAGGGGGGGCCCGGGAAGAAGCAGAAGAAUCUUCGUCUGGUGAGCUGUACCUUUCCUCGCCCUAAACCCCAAAUUAAAACCCUUUCAAAACACGUACCGCACCUCACCAUCUUCUUAUAGUCUAAUCUAGUGUAGGAUUCUUAAAAGGCCACCCCCACUCACACCACACUUACCCACUGCCCACAUGCACACACAGUCCUAGCUUGCCAGCUCGAUCUCACUCCAGCACCGAGCCCAGUAGUUGGUCUGCAGGUCGCGCGCCAUGAGCAAGGAGAAGCACCACCGCGACUGGAUGCUCCGGCGCUGCUGCGGCUCCAUCGCCGCCUGCAUCCUGACGCUCGCCGUCCUCGUCGGGUUCAUCGUGCUCGUCAUCUACCUCGCCCUGCGCCCCUCCAAGCCGUCCUUCUACCUCCAGGAUGUGCAGCUCCACUCCAUCGACCUCAGCGACCCUGCUCUCUCCCUCAACCUCCAGGUGACGAUCGCGUCGCGGAACCCGAACGACCGGGUGGGCGUGUACUACAAGACCCUGGACGUGUUCACGACAUACCGCGACGAGCCGGUGACGGUCCCCGUUGCGAUGCCGGCGAUCUACCAGGGGCACAAGGACGUGUCGGUUUGGUCCCCAGUGAUGUCGGGGGAGUCGGUGCCCGUGGCGCAAUACGUGGCGUACGCCAUGAAGCAGGACAUCGCCGCCGGGUACGUGCUGCUGCACGUCAAGGUGGACGGCCAAGUCAAGUGGAAGGUCGGCAGCUGGGUCUCCGGCGGGUACCAUCUCUUCGUCAACUGCCCCGCGCUGCUCGCCGCCAGUGGCAACAACAUCGGCGGCGCCUUCGCCAUGAGCGCCACGGCGGGGGGCAGCGUUGGCGGCAAUGGGACAGUCUCGCUCAAGUUCACGCACCCGGCGGACUGCACUGUCGACGUGUGACGACGCACGUACGAUCAAGGACGUCAGUCAAUUUGCGCGUAGCUAUCGAGUAAUCUUGUAGCAACUGUAAUACUAGUAUAACAUUAUCGAGUCAACUGUUCUUAUUCACUUUCCGAUCCUGUGCAGAAUAAAGCUACUCUAUACAUGCUAUAUGUACA